AUGAGGCAAUAUUUUGACUGUUUGAAUGAUGGCGAGAAGGCUGAUGAUGAAAACGGUGGAGACGAAGAAAACAGAGAGGAAGAAGAAAGUGAUGAUGAAAACCGAGUGGAAAGUAGCGAGGACGAGAGAGAAGAAGAACGUCAUGAAGAGCGAGAGGAAGAAGGUGGUCAAGAAGUAACUAGACCGGAAGAAGAAGUGCAAUCUGAGGAUGAGAACCAGAUAUUAGGUGAAGUUGGAGCUGAUGACCCACGGUUUGCAAACUUGUUUGCACUAGCUGAACUAGAGACUCCUACAGUUCGUUCAAAGGGUACUCAACCUAAUGUGGAUGUUGAAGCUGGUUACGACAGUGAAGUCGAGGGUGAAAGAGUACUUCCUCCUGGUGAAUAUCCAGAUUCUCCAGAAGACACUGAUGAAGAAGGCAGCAACCCAUAUCCACCAAGAAAACAUAGGGCUACUAAAUCACAGCCUACAACUCUACCAUCUAUGCCUACUCAAUCCCAACCUUCUACUGCGCCUCAACCCUCAAUAAGGCCACAAAAUGAAGCUUCAUCAUCAACUGUACCUGCUUCUACUGCACCUCAAGUCUCAACAGGGCCACAAACUGAAGCGGGAUCAUCUACUGCAGCUGCUGCAACAGGGCGUCGUCGUGGACGUCCUCCUGGAAGAGGACAAGCUCGUAAGGUGACAGUUCCGAGAGGAAUCGGUGUGUACAUGUGCCCAUUUUCUAAUCGGGUGUUUGAAUGCUUUGGUUCCACAUCAAGACAAGUAGGAGGUGACUCUUCCAAAGGUCCAAAUUCACGC